AUGCGUGGCGUCACCUGUGCAUUAGUGCUAUGGGGGUUUCUUUUUGUGAAGGCCGACGAACAUGAUCAUCUAUACCAUGAUGGUGAAGAAAUUGUUCUGUGGAUGAACACAGUUGGUCCUUACAGUAAUAGACAAGAAACUUACACAUAUUUUUCGUUGCCAUUUUGUCGUGGACCAAAGCAAUCAAUUGGUCAUUACCAUGAGACGCUGGGAGAGGCCUUGUUGGGUGUUGAACUAGAUUAUUCUGGAUUAGACAUCAAAUUUAAAGAAAAUGUGGAAAAAAAAAUAUUUUGCAAAAAGACUCUUAGCGAAGAGGAUUACAAACAGUUCGUCUAUGCUGUACAAAAUAACUACUGGUAUCAGAUGUAUCUUGAUGAAUUGCCUAUGUAUGGUAUGGUCGGUGAAGUUGAUUCGUCAACAACUCCACCCAACUAUCGUAUUUUUACCCAUAAAAAGCUGGAAAUUGGUUAUAAUGGAAAACAAAUUGUAGAUGUCAAUGUAACCUCAGAUGUACGCAUUACUCUGACGCCUGAUUCAACGAUUUCAUUUUCAUAUGAAGUUGUUUGGAAAUCGUCCGGUGUUGAUUUUAAUAAACGUUUUGAUAAAUACUUGGAUCCGACCUUUUUUCAGCACAGAAUACACUGGUUCUCUAUUUUCAACUCAUUCAUGAUGGUGAUAUUUCUUGUUGGAUUAGUGUGGAUGAUACUAAUGAGGACGCUGAAGAAAGAUUAUGCUCGUUAUCAGAAAGAUGAAGACCUUGAUGACAUGGAGCGAGAUUUAGGAGAUGAAUACGGUUGGAAACAAGUUCACGGAGAUGUGUUCAGAACACCAUCUUUUCCAAUGCUUUUUUCUUGUCUAGUUGGUACUGGAUAUCACGUUUUUACAGUUGCUAUCAUCACUAUUAUUCUUGCUAUUAUUGGCGAACUUUAUACUGAGAGAGGGUCGUUGUUAAGCGCUGCUAUUUUUGUAUAUGCUGCAGCAUCUCCUGUCAAUGGUUUUACCGGUGGUUCUAUGUAUGCACGAUUUGGUGGCAAACAAUGGAUACGUCAGAUGGUAAUUGGUGCGUUUUUGUUACCAGUCUUUGUGUCAUCAGUGGCAUUCAUAGUCAAUAUUGUUGCUAUAUCAUACCAUGCUUCUCGAGCCAUUCCAUUUCCAAUUAUGCUUGCUGUAACCGCCAUUUGUUUAUUUGUCAUUCUUCCUCUAACUUUAGUUGGCACUGUACUUGGUCGCAAUGUCAAGGGGCAAACUGAUAAUCCAUGUCGUGUAAAUGCUGUUCCGCGACCGAUUCCAGAUAAGAAGUGGUUUUUAGAGCCGUCACUAAUUGUUCUUCUUGGUGGCAUUUUACCAUUCGGUUCCAUUUUUAUUGAAAUGUACUUCGUUUUCACAUCAUUUUGGGCAUACAAAAUAUACUACGUCUAUGGUUUUAUGUUGCUUGUUACCCUGAUUCUUGCGAUUGUUACGAUGUGCGUCACAAUUGUUUGCACUUAUUUUCUUUUGAAUGCUGAGGAUUACCGAUGGAGAUGGACAAGUUUUUUAGUGGGAGCAUCUACUUCUAUCUACGUUUAUUUGUAUUCAAUUUAUUAUUUUCUAUUCAAGACAAAGAUGUAUGGGCUUUUCCAGACUGCAUUUUAUUUCGGAUACAUGGGUCUAUUUAGUGCAGCCCUCGGAUUGAUGUGCGGUACUAUCGGCUACUGGGGUGCAGCCAAAUUCGUUCAUAAAAUUUAUUCGACUGUAAAGAUCGACUAA